AUGUUUACAGUCACCGAAAUGGUUACGAAAACGAAGAAGAAGACGCCUCCACGUAAGGCCGCCGUCCCUGCAACCACUAUUAAGGAACACAAGGAGAAGAAAGUGGAAUUCAAUGGAGUAGGACUGAAGGCUAACAAACUCGCUAGGGAAAAGAUUGUUUUGUGGAGACAACCUUUCACAACAGUGUACUAUGCGCUGAUGGAGGGACUCAAUUUAGGUUUUGAGUUUUUAGUUGGAAUGCUUAAUCGUAAAGCUUUAUUGUUUGCACUUUCCGUCAUGUCAUGCUUAUUCUACUAUGCUUAUAUUACACCUGGACAUCAUCAGCAAUACAUUGCUGUGGUUGAAAAGAAAAUAAUGUGGUGGGGAUGGUGGGUAUUUCUUGGUGUGUUGUCCUCAAUUGGAUUAGGCUCUGGUUUGCACACGUUUCUAAUUUACUUGGGACCUCACAUUGCUGCUGUUACGUUAGCCGCGUACGAAUGUAACAGCCUCAACUUCCCAGAACCUCCGUAUCCGGAUAGUAUUGUUUGUCCCAGUGGAAAGGUGCAGGGGACAACAUCAAUAGCAAUUUCGCUUUGGCAAAUCGUCGCCAAGGUUCGGGUGGAGUCCUUACUAUGGGGUGCCGGUACUGCUCUGGGUGAGCUACCGCCAUAUUUCAUGGCACGAGCAGCUCGUCUAAGCGGUGAGGAACCGGAUGAUGAAGAAUAUAAAGAGUUCAUACAAUUGAUGAACGCCAAUAAGAAGGGCGGUGCUGACGAAUUGUCAUGGGCAGAUCGUGGAAAAGCCUGGAUGGAACGAUUCAUUUCGAGAGUUGGCUUUCCUGGAAUUUUGCUUUUCGCGUCGAUUCCUAAUCCACUCUUUGAUCUCGCCGGAAUUACGUGUGGUCAUUUUCUCGUCCCAUUCUGGUCGUUUUUCGGUGCUACACUGAUAGGAAAAGCAAUUGUGAAGAUGCAUGUACAG